CUGUCAUAAAAUCUAACGUUAUUCGGAGCCUUAACUGUAAAGUGCCUUUAGAGAAAUAAGAAUCAAGUUUCAUUUAAAUUAUUCUGUGCUAGAAUUAAAUUUUCCGCGCUUACUUUAGUAACAAAAGGGUUAAUCGAAUGAGGAAUUCUGAAUGCUUUAACAGUGCACGUUUCCCUGUUAUUUGUAUUUUAUCGAUUAACACCGCGCGUGAUUAUAUACGAUGACAGGUGUGCAUGAUGAAUACAGUAUGACAAGUAUACAUUGCCGUGUAAACAAAUCGCUGACACUUCUCAUUUCUUCUCAGAUAACGCAAUAACAAUUAAUUUGUUCAUUUUGUUACUCGUCAAAAGUGAAUACCAAUAUAAUCAUAACUUAUUUUGAUAUUCAUUACUCAAUGUAAUUUACAAAUUUCAAGAUAUUCACUGGGAAAGUUAAUCUAAAUAAGAACAGUUAUGUUUGUGUAUUUGAGUAAAAAAAUCGCUAUACCAAAUAACGUCCACUUAAAUUGUAUAGCAUGGAACCAGAAACAAGGUUAUAUCGCUGUAGGAGGGGAAGAUGGUCUAUUAAAAGUUAUACGUGCCGAUUCUGGCGCUUCUACGACAGAUAAUACAAACAACAGUGGUAAGACCCGCUCUAUGACAGCUUCGAGCAAUCUCAGUAUGAAUCAAACCUUGGAAGGCCACAAUGGGCACGUCCAAGUUGUAACCUGGAACGAAGAGCAUCAAAAGUUGACCUCGAGUGAUCAAAAUGGAGUCAUUAUAGUUUGGAUGUUGUAUAAGGGCUCUUGGUAUGAAGAAAUGAUAAAUAACCGUAAUAAAUCCGUUGUGAGGGGAAUGUCAUGGAGUUCUAAUGGUCAAAAAAUAUGUAUUGUGUACGAAGAUGGAGCAGUCAUUGUUGGAUCAGUGGAGGGUAAUAGAAUUUGGGGUAAAGAAUUAAAAGGUCUCUCUUUGACAGCAGUACAGUGGUCACCGGAUGCAAAGUUUCUUCUUUUUGGAACAAGAAAUGGAGAAGCACAUCUCUACGAUGACCAAGGGGUUUUUCUUACAAAACUGGAAAAUAUUAGCAAUGGUCACGUGCAAGGAAUAGUUGCUCUUGAUUGGUACAAUGGUAAAAAUGGCUAUACUGCCGUAGAUUGUCCUGUGCUGGCGGUGUGCUUCCAAAGUGGCAGAAUGGUUUUGCUAAGAGACAUCAGCGAUGAAAAUCCCAUAGUUGUGGAUACAGGUAUGACUAUGGCAUGUUGCGUAUGGAACACAUACGGUUCCCUGCUAGCCAUUGCAGGAAUAUUGAUGGGUGAAGAUAAGAACAACUCCAACGUGCUUUGCUUUUACUCGUCGCUGGGUGAUCAUUUGAAAAGCUUGAAGAUCCCUGGAAAAGAUAUAAGCUGCUGUGCUUGGGAAGGUGGAUCUCUUCGAAUCGCUCUCUCUGUGGAUUCAAACAUAUAUUUCGCCAAUAUCCGACCGAACUACAAGUGGGCAUACUUUGGUACCACAGUAGUGUUCACCGAUGACAAGGUCGGCAAGGAGGGCGUCUGCGUCACAUUCUGGAAUACCGUAACUAACGCGCGUUAUUUUAAAUACGUAAGCUCGUUGAUAAGCAUCGUAGCCUGCGGCGAUCACUGCGUUCUUGCCGCUAAAAACGACUUGACUCAGAGCGAGGAACGUUACGUGUUGUACGUAUGCAACGCAAUAUCAACACCCGUUGACAGCAAAUACCUCGACCUGGAACCUAAUCAGGUCGCGAUGAAUCAAAACAUGGUCAUCGCUGCCUCGAAGAGCAACUUUCUUCUGUGGUACUUCCGAGCUCCUCGCAACUCCGCUCUGAAUGCGUCCGGGAAAUCACGCAGGGACAGACUCUACCACGUCGACGACACCCCGACAGGUGUCACCGAGGUGAUUCAAGACCUAGACCGGGAUAAGACUUACGAAAGCCCGAUAAGUCGAAGAGAGACCGUCGAUCCAAUCUGCUGUAUCAGUGCGUCGGAGAAGCUGCUGAUCGUCGGUCGAGAGUCAGGAAUGGUCCAGCAGUACUCGCUUCCUCAGGUGACCCUUUCCAAGCGUUACUCCACUUCUCGUAAACCCUGCAAAAUUUCCAUCAACUGCGAUUCCACCAGAGCUGCGAUAAUCGACAGUCAAGGUCUGCUCCGACUCCUCGACCUAGCUACGGUGAAGGAUAGAGACAGGGAGCGGGACAGAGACGAUGGCAGAGACAAGGACAAGGCAGACGAUGUCUCCAAGUUUGAACGAAAGGACGCCUGGGCCGUAUGCUGGGCUCAAGAUAAUCCCAAGUUGUUCGCCAUCCUGGAGAAGAGCCGCAUGUAUGUGUUUCGCGGACUGGAACCGGAGGAGCCGAUAGCUUGCUCAGGCUACGUCUGCAGCUUUAAGGACCUCGAGAUCCGUUGCGUCCUUCUGGACGAGCUAGUGCGAAAUCCCGAGGAAGCGCGACCUGAACUCCUGGUCGACCUGGAGAUCAAGUCUCUCCGUGACACCAAAGAAUUGCUCGCCCGAGUCGGGCUCCGGGAGGCGGAGGAGUUUGUGCGCGACAACUCGCACCCGCGACUCUGGAGACUUCUCGGCGAACACGCUCUACGCCAGGGUGACCUGGAAGCCGCCGAGAACGCCAUGGUACGCUGCGCAGAUUACCUGGGAAUCCGCUUCGUCAAACGCCUUCGGGGUAUCCAAGAACCUGGCCUCAGGCGAGCUGAAGUGCUAGGAUUCCUGGGAGCCUACGACGAGGCCGAGCAGGCCUACCUGGAGCUCGACCGGCGCGACCUGGCGAUCGCUCUGCGCCAAAAGCUCGCAGACUACCCGCGCGCGCUCCAACUCAUGCGCCUGGGUGCCGGAGGAUCGGACGCCCAACUCGAGCAGACCCACAUUCGCUGGGGCGAGCAGCUGGCGGCUUGCCAGGACUGGGAAGCCGCCAAGGAGCACUUGGAGCAUGGCCGCGCUCUCGAUCGCCUUCUAGACUGCCACUACCGGCUGGAGGAGUACGAGCAGCUCGCCGCGACGGCCGCCCAACUGGCCGAACAGGCCCCAGGUCUGCGCAGGGCCGCCCGGAUGCUUGCCUCCGUAGGAAUGUGCCAGCAGGCCGUGGGCUGCUUCGUCCGCUGCGCCGACGUCAGACAGGCAGUCGAGACCUGCGUGCGCUCCAACCGCUGGGACCAGGCCCUGGAACUCGCGCGAACCUGGCGGCUCCCAGGUAUUGGGGAGCUGCUGGCGAAGUACGCGCGCCACCUGCUUGCCAGCGGCCGUAGACUCCAGGCCAUCGAGCUCUACCGCAAGGCAGACUGUCCCCUAGAGGCGGCGAAGCUUCUCCUGGAACUGGCUGCAGAACAGGCCCGUCGUCGCGCUCCCCCACUCCGGCUGAAGAAACUCUACGUGUUGGCGGCACUACUGGUCCAGGAGCACCUAGAAGGCACCCGGCCGGCUCAGGUGCGUCGAGGUCUGCUCGCAGGAUUGGCUGAGGCUAGUGGCGAGGACGCUCAGGUCGUCGAGCAGGCUUGGCGCGGUGCCGAGGCCUACCACUUCCUGCUGCUGGCACACCGUCAGCUCUACGCCUCGGAACCGGAGGCCGCCAUGCGCACCGCCCUGAGGCUACGCGAGUACGAGGAGCUGCUGGAUCAGGAACCGGUCUACGCGUUGCUGGCGCUGGCAAGCUGCGCCUGCCGGGCUCUGGCCACCUGCUCGCGGGCCUUUGUGCGCCUGGAGGCUAUCGACCCGCGCUACGAGGAACUGGCGCUCGAGAUAUUCGGUAAACGACCACCGAGGGACGCCAGAGCACCGCCCAGGUCGGAGUGCCUACAAUGCGAGAGCUUAGUGCCGGAUUACUGCGUGGCCUGCCCGAAUUGCGCCACCGGCUUUCCCGGCUGCGUGGUGUCGGGUCGGCCUCUUAUGAACCAGGCCUCCACCUGGCUCUGCACCGUCUGCAAACACAGGGCAGCUUCGGAGCGGGAUGUGGUAAACGUCAACGGCUGUCCUCUCUGUCACAGUAUCAUCACCUACAUGUAGAGCUACGCGGGAUGAACUUGUCGGUUCAUUGACCAAUUAUUGAUCUCUCCUUGUUAUUUAUCUACUUAUUUAUUUUCAUCUCCGACUUGCACACCUGACUUCACUACCUGUUUCACCGAUCUUGACGAGUAUAUCACGGAAGAGUGUAUUAUUGAUCGCUGAUUAAAAUAGGCGACACUGCAACGAUGAGACUUUGUAUUUUAUUAUAGACGCAACUCAAGUGCACUUAUUAUAUUAUACUUUUAGAUGAUUGAACGAAUCCGUCCAAUUCUAUAUGUGAUGCUCUGUGAGAGCACGUUUUGAGUAUUAUACUAGAUAAUGUAUACUGAAAGGAUAAUAAAUGUUUUACGUAAAAUUUUA